UAGAAGUGUUUUACCUUGUGAGCUCCUGACAGAAGCAUACCUGGUGGUUUCUUUCUGAGCACAUAACUUUCAGAAGGUGUAUGGAUGAGGAAGUACUUGUCAGGAGGCUAAAAAGAUUGCGAUUGUUUUUACAUUCUACCAACAAUGGCCACUGUCGAAGAGCUUAAGCUGCGUGUCAGAGAGCUGGAAAAUGAGUUGAUUAAGUGCAAGCAAAAGCGGUGCACCGAGGAAGAUGCUAACAAUCAGGCACAUCACAGACCAAGGAUUAACAAAAUGAGUGCCGAGGUGGUGGAUUCAAAUCCUUACAGUCGUCUCAUGGCUUUGAAACGAAUGGGCAUUGUGGAAGAUUACGAGAAAAUCCGGAGCUUCACGGUAGCAGUGGUCGGGGUUGGAGGAGUGGGGAGCGUGACCGCAGAAAUGCUCACAAGAUGUGGCAUUGGUAAGUUGAUCCUCUUUGAUUAUGACAAAGUUGAACUGGCCAAUAUGAAUAGGCUGUUUUUCCAGCCUCAUCAGGCUGGACUCAGCAAAGUGGAGGCCGCUGAGCACACCCUCAGAAACAUUAACCCCGACGUGAGGUUUGAGACCCACAACUACAACAUCACCACCAUGGAUAACUUUACACAUUUCAUGGAGCGUGUCAGUCAUGGAGGGCUGGAGAAUGGGAAGCCAGUGGACCUCCUACUCUGCUGUGUGGACAACUUUGAGGCUAGAAUGGCCAUCAACACAGCCUGCAAUGAGCUGAGUCAAAUCUGGAUGGAGUCAGGCGUGAGCGAGAACGCCGUAUCGGGUCACAUCCAGCUCAUCAUCCCCGGGGAAACGGCCUGCUUCGCCUGUGCCCCUCCCCUGGUGGUGGCGGCCAAUAUCGACGAGAAGACCCUGAAGAGAGAUGGGGUGUGUGCAGCCAGCUUACCAACCACCAUGGGCGUGGUCGCAGGCCUCCUGGUUCAAAAUGUCCUCAAGUACUUGCUGGGCUUUGGGACAGUCAGUCACUACCUGGGCUACAAUGCAAUGCAGGACUUCUUCCCUAUCAUGGCCAUGAAGCCCAACCCCCAGUGUAACGACCGCCACUGCAGGAAACAGCAGGACGAGUACAAGAGAAAAGAGUCAGAGAGGCCAAAACAGGAAGUGGUCCCGGUGGAGGAGGAAGUUGUGCAUGAGGAAAACGAAUGGGGGAUUGAGCUGGUGUCAGAGGUGACGGAGGAAGAGCUUAAGGCUGCUUCGGGUCCCGUCCCAGAUCUCGUGGAGGGCAUCACCGUGGCCUACACCGUGCCAGACAAGGACACUGACACAGGAGAGACGGUUGAAGAGACAGAACAGAGUCUAGAUGACCUGAUGGCUCAGAUGAGGAAGAUGUAGGACCAGGACAAAACAAGCCUCCUGUUUCAUCAUAAUCAUCGCCGCAUUGCUGACUUAAACCAACCAUAUUGGACUUACCACAGAUCUGGGUCAAUUACAUGAUCGAAUCACUUGGGUUACAAUCGUGGCAGGGUUUGCUUUGAGUCACUGUUUGCACUUUUCACUGUGUAAGUUCAAAUCAAGCACAACCCAAGUAGAUGACAAUACUUACAAAGGUCAUUUACCCAGGCCAAGUUGAUUAUCCACACAAAAGCUCCAGCACGCAUUGGCAGGACCUAGCUCAACUAUCUAGAACAAAAUGUAUUCUAAGUUCCCUGUCCUUGGAAUGACUACAGGUGUCUCUACACAGAAGACAAAGGAAUGAUGCAUGAAAAUAAGCACUUGAUGCUGUUCAUAUGACUUGAGAAUGAUUAGGCAAGCGUGUAGCAUUUGAUGCAAGUACAGACUAAAAGUUAACAUUAAUGGUAUAAACUUGAGAACCAUGUAGGGAACAAAAAUUUACGGGAAUUCGUAAACAAUUUAAACCAUAUAAUACCUGUGAAUUUUGUCAGAUGGUGAUAUCGACAAAUUUAAAUUUAAAAAUGAAAUGAAAUUGAAUAUUUAUGAAUGCCUUGUGAUCUUAUAUUGAUGUGUUAAUGCUUAACUCCAAUGUCUUCAGUGUUGAAUUGUGACUGAGGCCUAGUAGUUGCCUAAAUGGCUUGAACUUUUUUUUUUUUUUUCAGCAUGUACCAUAGCUCAACUAUCUGCUCAGUUACACCGUCGACUUGACAAGCCGUCUGCUGAAAGUCAAUACAGACAGAAACUCUACAUACAAACUUUGUUUCAAUAAAGUAUUUAUUAGUCAGAAAUGCAGACCCUUUUUCACAGUGCA